GCAUGCGCGCUGGCUGCGGACCUGGGCGAACCCGGAGGUUCGUUUCUGCUGACUCCAGUGUCCCGAAAGGCGACGCUUCUCCCGCUUUCUCGCCAGGCUCCUGCAGCCCCAGGCGUGAACCGAGGUUUCUGAACUACUGGGCGGGAGCCAACGUCUCUUCUUUCUCCCGCUCCGGCGGAGGCUUUGUCGCUGCGGGUUGGGCCCCAGUGUGCCCCCCAUGGCGGGGCCGCGGGUGGAGGUCGAUGGCAGCAUCAUGGAAGGGGGCGGCCAGAUCCUGAGAGUCUCUACGGCCUUGAGCUGUCUCCUAGGCCUUCCCUUGCGGGUGCAGAAGAUCCGAGCCGGCCGGAGCACGCCAGGCCUGAGGCCUCAACAUUUAUCUGGACUGGAAAUGAUUCGAGAUUUGUGUGAUGGGCAACUGGAGGGGGCAGAAAUUGGCUCAACAGAAAUAACCUUUACACCAGAGAAGAUCAAAGGUGGAAUCCACACAGCAGAUACCAAGACAGCAGGGAGUGUGUGCCUCUUGAUGCAGGUCUCAAUGCCAUGUGUUCUCUUUGCUGCUUCUCCAUCAGAACUUCAUUUGAAAGGUGGAACUAAUGCCGAAAUGGCACCACAGAUCGAUUAUACAGUGAUGGUCUUCAAGCCAAUUGUUGAAAAAUUUGGUUUCGUAUUUAAUUGUGACAUUAAAACAAGGGGAUAUUACCCAAAAGGGGGUGGUGAAGUGAUUGUUCGAAUGUCACCAGUUAAACAAUUGAACCCUGUAAAUUUAACUGACCGUGGCUGUGUGACUAAGAUUUAUGGAAGAGCUUUCGUUGCUGGUGUUUUGCCAUUUAAAGUAGCAAAAGAUAUGGCAGCGGCAGCAGUUAGAUGCAUCAGAAAGGAGAUCCGGGAUUUGUAUGUUAACAUCCAGCCUGUUCAAGAACCUAAAGACCAAGCAUUUGGCAAUGGAAAUGGAAUAAUAAUUAUUGCUGAGACCUCCACUGGCUGUUUGUUUGCUGGAUCAUCGCUUGGUAAACGAGGUGUAAAUGCAGACAAAGUUGGAAUUGAAGCUGCCGAAAUGCUAUUAGCAAAUCUUAGACAUGGUGGUACUGUGGAUGAGUAUCUGCAAGACCAGCUGAUUGUUUUCAUGGCAUUAGCCAAUGGAGUUUCCAGAAUAAAAACAGGACCAGUUACACUCCAUACGCAAACCGCGAUACAUUUUGCUGAACAAAUAGCAAAGGCUAAAUUUAUUGUGAAGAAAUCAGAAGAUGAAGAAGACGCUGCUAAAGAUACUUAUAUUAUUGAAUGCCAAGGAAUUGGGAUGACAAAUCCAAAUCUAUAGAGUAUUUGCCUCUUAAAUGAUACCUCAUUGAUAUAUUGCACUAUUUCAUAAAUACUAUAAAAUAAUGACUAGGAAGUAACUUACUAAAGCCUAUGACUUAAAUUUGAAGAUGAAGUACAGUGUUCUAGGUUUGCUGAGAAUGCUUCAUCAAAUUAAUCUCACUUUGAAUAUCUCCUGAGAGAUGGACAAUGAAAUAUCAGUUGGUGGAUAUGUGUCAUAGCUGAUUUCAAUAUUGAAGUAUUGAAAUAAAAUACUCUUUACACCUGAA